AUGCCCUGCAAAGCGCUCGCCGUCUGCCUCCUGGGGCUCCUGGCUCUCUCCUCCGCUUGCUACAUCCAGAACUGCCCCAUCGGGGGAAAACGUGCCGUCCUGGACAUGGACAUCAGGAAGUGCAUGCCCUGCGGUCCCAGGAACAAGGGCCACUGCUUCGGUCCCAACAUCUGCUGCGGAGAAGAGCUGGGCUGUUACAUCGGCACCUCCGAAACCCUGCGGUGCCAGGAGGAAAACUUCUUGCCGACACCCUGCGAGUCGGGACACAAACCCUGCGGCGGCAGCGGAGGGAGCUGUGCGGCCCCCGGCAUCUGCUGCAGCAGCGGUGAGGGCAGCGCUGGUUACGGUAUAGAAGCGGGAGAAGGGACGUUGUCCAAGGGACUUUCUUUGUCCCAUCCAUCUGUCCGUCCAUCUCCCCAACAGCCAGGGCCAGCACACUCAGGGCAGACUCGAUCCUGA